UGUGGCGUCAGCGUCAGGCCUCCACUAGCGUGACGCGCGGGGUCUGGGUGGGAGCUGUCCACUCGUCCGGGGUGCUGAAUGCAGCAGCCGCGGCCCUGGCGGCGGCGGCGGCGGAGAGAGGUGGUAGACUUCUCCACUCAAAAACCUUGAUUCCAGUCGUCGGACGAUCAGCUCACCGCCCCGCCACCUCCUUUCCAGUACCACCCCUUUGGGAACUGAGCCAGGGGGGCAGCAGCAGCGGCAGCGGGUGCUGAGCAACGGCAGAAGAGGAGACAACACCUGCCUGGAAUCUGAUUUGCUUCCUCUCGUCUUUUAUGAGAUAUAUUUAUAUACGGUUUUGUGGAGUCGCAAAAACCAAGCCUGAGCCAAGUGUUGGCUGCCUCCCACCUCGGCCACAUUGCUUCGUUUCCCCCUCCUCACCUUGAGCUGGCACCACAAGCAAGACUUUCCUCGUUGCAUCUGCGAAGAGAGCCUCCCCCACCCCUACGCCCGCCUUGCCUCUGGUUGCAUGGCAGCGCUGCCCGAGCGCGGGGGCUCAGGGCCAGCCCCCCGGGAAGGAGGAGGAGGAGGAGGAUCAUGAAGCCAGGAGUCACCGCCGCGCCGGACGGCGAGCAGCAGCCAGAGGACGAGCCGGAGCAGCCCCCGCCCCGGAGACACCCGGACGCCGACGAGCAGUUGCUGCUGCCGCCACAGCAGCAUCAUCCGCCGCGGGCAGAUCCUGAGCAAGAGGAGGAGGGCGACGAAGGCCCAGAGGAAGAAGAGGAGGAAAAGGCGAGGCCACUGAGGCGCCCAGACCUGCCCUUCUGUGGACCCUUGCCCCUUGCCAGAAGGAACCUUUGAUGGAGACAAGGGGAGGGGGCCACGGAUUUAUCGGCUGUCCUAGGGGUGGGCUGUGGGCUGAGAUCAUGUAACUACUCCUUCCUUCUGUUCCCGCCCACACGCCCCUCUUCUCUACCCCUCUCCCCCGCCCCACUACCCCUCUCCCACGGCCCCAUACACACACUCUUCCUCUAGCCAGGGUCUUAAAGCUCAGCAAGGAGGAGGAGCUGCAAGGGUUAAAAGAUCUUUUUAUUCUUCCCCUUUUUUUCCCCCUUCCCAAUCCCUUAUUUUCCCACUCAUAUUCUCCAAAUUGACUUUCCCCUCUCUGUUCAGCCCUUUGGCUGCAGAGGCAAAGCACAAACCCCUUGACCAAUUUCACCUGCAGUCCCUCCCCCCACCGAACGGCUCUCUUAAAAGCAACUCUGGUGCUUCUGGGGGUUAAUUGCCCCAGUUUUCUGCCCAAGAGAAUUAAAACUUCUCCCUGCCUCCUCUCCUCCCUGCCUUGCCACCCCUCACCCCAGCCAAUCUCCUGUUACCUGAGGGAAACUACCUUUUCUCUCUUGUACAAGCAGUUCUUGAUUUUUUACUGAGCUAGUUUGCCCUAAGCCUAGCCCAGUCCACUUCAAAUUUAAUUUAAUAUCUUCCCCAUCUUUUUAUAUAAAAGAGAUUCCCCACACCUAGGAAUUUUAAAGAACUCGGUUAUUGUUGCCUGGGGAACUUUCUAACAACCAGACCUUGAUCUCAAGGCCCUAACCUUUCAUCUCCCCAUUUUUUUUUUGGUCUCUUCUCCUACCCUUACCUGUGCCCCCUAAGUCAAAGGUAGAGAGACAGAUACCCUGAACAAAGCCUAGAGUUGGGGGGAGACAAGAAAAUCCUUUUGGGGGUUUGCUACAGGUAGAGUUCAGAAACAGUGACUCACAGUUUUCAGUCCUGAGCAAUUUGUUUGCUAGUAGGAGGGGGUUUAAGAGGAGCCAGUGAGAAAGUACCCCCCUCCCCCCAUAAUACAGAUACUCUGUGGACCCACUACAACCACCCUAUCUUCCUCUGCAAAGACUCCAACUGCCCCUCCCGGGCGCUCUGCUUCCACUGGGCACAUGCUGAUGCCCCUGAGUGGGCUGCUCUGGUGGUGCUGCUGUUCCUGUGCCUGGUACCUCUGUGGAUUGUGCGUCCCGGCUCCCCAGAUGUUGCGCCACCAGGGUCUCCUCAAGUGCCGCUGCCGCAUGCUCUUCAAUGACCUGAAGGUUUUCCUGCUGCGGCGCCCCCCUCCUCCAGCGCCCCUGCCCAUGCACGGUGAACCCCAGCCCCCCGGUUUGGCGGCCAACAACAAUACCCUUCCGGCUCUGGGUGCCGGGGGGUGGGCAGGUUGGAGGGGCCCUCGAGAAGGAGUGGGCAGGGAGACCCCUCCUUUGCCACCUCUACCACCUUUGCCACCUUCUUCUGUGGACGAUGACUGGGGUGGCCCAACCCCAGAGCCACCUGCCUCUCUGCUCAGCAGUGCCUCCUCGGAUGACUUCUGCAAGGGGAAGGCUGAGGACCGCUACUCACUGGGCAGCAGUCUGGACAGUGGCAUGAGGACCCCGCUCUGCCGCAUCUGCUUCCAAGGGCCAGAGCAGGGGGAGCUGCUGAGCCCGUGCCGCUGCGAUGGGUCGGUCAAGUGCACGCACCAGCCUUGCCUCAUCAAGUGGAUCAGCGAGCGGGGCUGCUGGAGCUGUGAGCUGUGCUACUACAAGUACCAUGUCAUCGCCAUAAGCACAAAGAAUCCUCUGCAGUGGCAGGCCAUCUCUCUGACAGUCAUCGAGAAGGUUCAGAUUGCAGCCGCCAUCUUAGGUUCUCUCUUCCUCAUUGCCAGUAUCUCUUGGCUCAUCUGGUCGACCUUCAGUCCCUCUGCAAAAUGGCAGCGCCAAGACCUCCUCUUCCAGAUCUGUUAUGGGAUGUAUGGAUUCAUGGAUGUGGUGUGCAUAGGCCUCAUCAUCCACGAGGGCCCCUCUGUUUACCGCAUCUUUAAACGCUGGCAGGCCGUCAACCAGCAGUGGAAAGUAUUGAACUAUGACAAAACGAAAGACCUGGAGGAUCAAAAGGCAGGAGGCAGGACAAACCCCCGGACCUCCUCAUCCACCCAGGCCAAUGUCCCCUCCUCGGAAGAGGAGGCCUUGGGCACCCCUCCCACUGAGGAGGGCCCCACCCGGGCCACCAGCCACCCCUCAGGCCCUCUUUCUGACCACCACUGUGCUUACACCAUCCUGCACAUCUUGAGUCACUUCCGACCUCAUGAACAGCGGGGCCCGCAGGGCGGCAACCGGGAACUCGUCAUGAGGGUCACGACGGUGUAGAGGCCCUGCUGGGAGGCUGAGGCCAGGCGAGCACCAGAGGGAGCUGGACCAGGAAGGGCCAGCUGACGGGAGGCCUGUCGUGGGCGGGGCAGGGGUAAGGAGAGCGGCGGCCCCCCGGUGCUGGAGCAGACAGUGAAGGCAGUGGGCCUUGAGGGGCCUGGGCUGGAGCUUUUAUGGGUACGGUGGGUGUCAUGAGUCUUUCGUGAUUUCCCAUCCAGCAGUACCGUGGUCCACCAGCGAGGGCAAGGAAACAACACAAACUCAACAGCCAGGUUCAGUACAGACAGAACCUCACCAAAUAAGCAACAGAAACACCCAGGUGCACCCAUGUUCUCCACACCCGGGUGGAGAGGAGACUGGGAAGGGCCAAGGAGGUGCAUCUGGGAUGCACCUGUUUGCACCUGUGGUGGGAGAGGAAAUGCAAAGAGUGCGGGAACAGCAGCCACCCUGUUUUCUGUUGAGUUUGUCUUGGGGUCUCCCACGAACAGCAGGAGGGGGAGGAGCGUGGGCUGGCAGGGAGAGGGGGGCGUGAGCUGGCAGGGCAGUUCACAGAUUUUGGAGACCCUGGGUUCACCUGGAUGGGCAGAGUUCACCUCAGAGGUGGCUUACAGACCUUGGGGGUGUGGUGUAGGAGCGAGGUGCUGGCUGGCGUGAGUGUGCAGAGGGCGGGGUUUCUCCUCCCUUCCCAGCCCUCCAGACUGGAACUCCCAGUUUCUGGUGGGCUCUGCAGGCUUGGGUUUGGAGAUGGUGUCCUUGUGUGCCCUUGUUACUUUAUUUUAUGGUGAUUUGGCUCAAAAGAUGUCCACACACAUACACACACACACACACACACAGAGUACAGGUUUCUCGUGGGUAGCUCAGGCCUGGUUCUGAAGCUGUGACUUCAGCCUUCAGCGCUGUCAACCCAGGAGCCACUUUCCCAACUGCUGCCGGCCCACAGCCAGGACAUGCUCGGUGCCAUCCGUGCUCCUCCUGGCUCCAUGCCCGCGAAGUCCCAGGUCCCCCCUGGCAGGGAUUCCCCCCUCAGAGUCCCCACAGAGAGCUGCUCUCAAGGCGGGGGGCGGGGUGGGGGGAGCAGGAGGCACCCCAAGGAUUGGAGUGAGACCAACGGAAGUAUUUCUUGCUGAGGGCCCACCCAAGGGCCCUGGCCCUUCCCGCUCGCCCGCGGCCUGGCCCGGAGCACUAUCCUCGGGGUCCCGGGAGUCUGCCUGGCAGCGCCACUGGGUGGUCACUGGCAGUUUCUCGUUGUCACAGCACAAUGGCCGUGUCGUCGUGGGUACUAAAGGGACACUGUCAAGUACUUUUUUUAACUAGUUUUUAGGGUUUUUUAAAACUCUCUGUUGUUUGUAUUAUUCUCUUAAAAGCUUGAAAAUAAAAUUUCUUUCCCUACCACGAG